AUGGAUAGCAGUGUAAAGUUGAUUUUGUUCCUUAUUUUUUCAAGCUUAAUGUGGACUUAUACUGCUGCUAGGGAUACACUCAAACCAGGUGACACUCUCAAUUCCACAAGUUUCUUAUGUUCUGCAAAGGGGAAGUUCUGUUUGAGUUUCAUUACGUACGACCGACUGAAUUCCAGCCAGUUGGCCAUAUGGAGCACUACACCAAAUAGCCAACUAUGGAUUGCCAGCCGAGACAUGCAUGUUUUAUACCCGACAGGAGUUCUUACCUUGGACAAGAACAAAACAUUGAAAAUUAUGGACCAAGGAGGAACUAGGUUGGAGCUUUGCUCUGCUCCGAAAAGAACUAGCAAUGUUGUGGCUACUCUUCUAGAAUCUGGAAAUUUUAUCCUACAAGAAGUGAACUCUGUCGAUGGAUCGACCACUCAGGUUUUCUGGCAAAGUUUUGAUUAUCCAACAGACACCCUUAUGCCAGGCAUGAAAUUAGGUGUUAACCAUAGAAAUGGUCACGUUUGGUCACUAGCUUCAUGGUCAACUGAGUACAACCCAGAGACAGGGCCUUUCACCCUUGAAUGGGACCCCAAAGGGCGCGAACUGAAGAUUAAGAGACGUGGGGUGGUUUAUUGGACUAGUGGAGCCUUUACGAGUAAGAGGUUUAAGCAGAUCAUGAUGAGGUAUAAUGUUAGCAUCGUUUCAAACGAAAAUGAAGACUACUUCACUUACAUUGCUUUAAACCAAAGUUUUCCAUCACAAUGGUUGCUUACCUCAACUGGGCGACUAUAUGACUUUGGAGGAUUUGAUAUUGCAAGGGCAGAUAAUUGUUAUGGCUAUAACACUGAUGGAGGGUGCCAGAGGUGGGCGGAGAAGCCAACUUGUAGGCAUGUUGGUGAUACAUUUGAGCUAAAAAAUGGUUUCUUUAGACUAACCAGCUCUAAUUCAACAUUCCUGAAUGAUUCGGAUACAAGUCUCAGUAUUAGUGAUUGCAAGGAUUCUUGUUGGAAAAAUUGUGAGUGCCUUGGGUUCAACUUUCUGUUUGAUAUUGAUCAGACUGGAUGCCAAUUUUGGACUGGAAUGAACUGGGAGUUCAUUCAAGACUUUAAUGGUGAUUCUACAUUUAGUUUUUACUUGUUAAAAAAGUCACCUCUCAAUCAUGGUAAACACAAGGGGACAUGGAUUGGCAUUGGCAUCGCCGCUGCUGCUCUGCUGCUAAUGGUACUCUGCAUCGUCUGCUAUCUACUAAGAAGAAGAAAAUUUACACUUUCAGGUACACAGAGUUAUUUACAUCCUUGAA